UUUUAUUGUCCAUUGCAUAAUAUUUUUCAAUUCAUUGGCAACUAUGACUUUCCAUAUGUCAUAGUUGGUGACUUCAAUAUAGAUGCUUCACUUGCUACAAACUACUCCACAGUCUCAAAAAUAGAAUCCAUUCUUUGUAGCCUACAACUUAUUGUGCAACCAACAACCAUCUACAACACACUUAUUGACUGGGCAUUUACUAACAUGAGACCGAACAUUGAAGUCAUCACAUCAGUAAUAUCUGAUCACAAUAUAUUAUCACUGCAAUGUUCCUAAAUUGUCACAAGUAAAGUAGUGAUUUCUGGUCAACUUGCCUCCACACAAUAUGCAAAUGCUUGUCCUUUAAGUAUUAACGGUUUUGGGUCCCAGUCUAUCUCACUGAUUGCCAAUGUGUUUUGAAUACCCAUAAUGAUUAUGUUUUUGUUUAUUCAGGGUGCAGACGAUAGACUUGGUCUUCUUUUCAUGAAAUCAAUAGCAUUUGCCAUCAGUUGUAGAAAAAAUUUACUCAAUUUGCAAUAUUUUUCUUUUUUCAUUUAUCAAAUGAGACCAUCGCUGAUGUAAAUAUGGAUUCAAAACUGGAUUUAUUUGGUAAUAAUGCUGACAAACCUGAAGAAAAACCCAAAAGAGCCCUUCCAUCAACUUCUACCACAGCUAUGAACAAACGUGAACAAACAACAACAUUAUCAGGUACCAUGGUUUCUACAAGUUCAACUACUGCACUAACACCAAAAAAAGAUCACACACAAAAUCAGAUGCAAGGGUACCUACAUGCUGUUCAGGAGAGAAAAAAUGUCAUCACAUUCGAGCUUCAAGUACAGCAGGACCAGUAUUGCCAUGGCAUUACCUUUGAUCCCGACAUCUGCAGGACUGUUAUGUUAACACUUAUGCAGGAAAAAAAUCCAGUCAUGAUUGAAAACUACAAUUUGAUUCCAUCUCGUUUGAAUCCAGGUCAAGAUCUCAAACUCACAUCCAAAUCCAAAAUGACUCCAAUAUCCCACCAGCUGCAUUAUGAGCACAAACCACCCACACCGUUUACAACAGAACUUGAAAAAAUUGCCACCAUUUCACCAAAUACUAAAAUCAAUGUUCAAGUUGUCAUUCUUGGUGAAAACCCAAAAUGUGAAACUAAAACUGUCGCCUCUGGACCAAUAAGGUUGCAAACAAAGUAUGUUGCUGAUGACACUGGUAUCACUAACCUGUCCACAUGGGACAAAAAUAUUGAUCAGCUUCAGGUCAAUAACACUUACAGGUUGGAAAAUCUUUGAGAAAGAAAAGCACCUGUCAACUACACCACAAACCACUAUCACUAACAUUCCACCAUUAACCAAUUAUGUCAAAUUGGAAACUGCAACUAUUCAGGCCGAAAUUGUUGCCAUACAAAUAACAACAAAAUAUCAGUGUCUAUCAUGCAGUCACCUAAAUGCAUUCAUCUCUAAUACUGGCACAAUAUCUCGUUGUGACCAUUGUGGCAACCAGCAACUUGCACUUAAAGCCAAGAAAAUCUUCCAGGGCGAUGGCACAUUUCAAACACAAACUCAGGAAACUUACAAACCUGCAUUCAGAUCUGAUACUUUGGACGAAAUUCUUGAUGCUAUCAAAGCAUCCACAGUGUCAUCCACAUCAGAACAUGAUGAGAUGCCGUCAGCUGAGCAUAUUGAGUCAUUCCUUCUUGAAUACGAUGACAACUUCACCGUCACAUACUAAUCCAAGAACGAAUAUAAUCUCCACUCUCACAACCAGUCAAUAAAGCAGCAACCUGUACCUUUCUACAUGCAUAAUAGCCUGAACAGUUAACAACAUUUUGCAUCACAGGCCUCCAUCGUUGUAAGAGGGCAACCAGCAAAAUUACUCGACAUGUCUACAUUUCAUUUUAGCAAUUCUCAAUCUUGUCAUGGCAGAUAUUGCUUCAGUGUUAUAUUAUCAUCAUGCAUACGCAUUUGUAAUCUUCAGCAUUUUAGAUCAUUAGUGUUACUUUAUAUAUUACAUCUCAUAACUGAUCUGUGUUUUUAACAUUACUGAUUUCAAUCAUUGCGAAUACUUCCUGCAGCUGUAGUAUUACAUGUAUCCUUGGAAAGGCAUCAUUUCCAAUCAUUGUACUCACAACUUCAUCACUGCUGUUAUUUCAUAUGUUCUCAUCUAUCAUUUCAAUCAUUGGAAAUAUUUCAUUCUAAUCACCCUUGCUCAGAUAUAAUUCUGUAUCAAUCCAUCUCGUAAUUUCAAUCAUUGCGAAUACUUCCUGUACCUGUAGUAUUACAUGUAUCCUUGGAAAGGCAUCCUUGGAAAGGCAUCAUUUCCAAACAUUGUACUCACAACUUCAUCACUGCUGUUAUUUCAUUUUUGGUUACAUUAAUUUUACCUAUGAUUACAAAUCAGAGUAUGUUAAUUUCAAUCAGUUGCUGGACAACUACAAUUAUUUUCAAUAAAUAAAUGUUAACUUUA